GAAGCUCCUUUGUUUUGGAGGAACCCGGAAGUGCGGCGGCGGAGUAGCUGAGGGAGAGAGAUGGGUUGCGACGGGGGGACGAUCCCCAAGAGGCACGAGCUGGUGAAAGGGCCCCGCAAGAUCGAGAAGGUUGACAAAAAUGCAGAAUUGGUGGCCCAGUGGUACUACUGCACUCUGAGUCAAGAAAAGUUGAGCAGGCCUAUAGUCGCUUGUGAACUUGGCAGACUAUAUAACAAAGAUGCAAUCAUUGAAUUUUUGCUGGAUAAAUCUUCCGAUAAAGUCCUUGUCGAAGCAGCAUCCCACAUCAAGAGUAUUAAGAACGUCAUAGAAUUAAAUCUCUCAGACAAUCCUGCUUGGACUGGUGACAAGGGGAAUACAAAAGGGGAUAAAUAUGAUGACAUCCAGAGUGCACGUUUCAUUUGCCCUAUAGUUGGGUUGGAAAUGAACGGAAGGCAUCGAUUUUGCUUUCUACGCAACUGUGGAUGUGUCUUCUCUGAACGCGCUCUCAAAGAAAUUAAAACUGAAGUUUGCCACAAGUGUGGAGCCUCUUUUCAAGACGAUGACGUGAUUGUACUUAACGGUACAAAAGAGGAUGUAGAAGUGCUGAAGAAAAGAAUGGAGGAGAGAAGGCUUAAGAGUAAAUUGGGGAAGAAAUCCAAGAAAUCUAAGGCAGCGGAGACCACUGUGAAACCUGAAGCUGCUGAAGAUUUGCCUACAUCAUCUCAAGUAAAUACUGAAAAGGAUAUAGCAAACAUGAAAUCCGGAGAAAAUAGAAGCAUUGCCUUCUGCAAGAGUACAGCAGUCAGUGAAAGUCCAUCGUCUUCAUCUGGAAAAAGCAGCAAAAGUUCAUCCGAGGGCCCCAAGCGAUCCUUCGCAAGCAGAGGAGAGAAAUCGGAAGCAUACAAGUCUAUUUUUACAUCACACAGCUCUGCCAAACGCUCCAAGGAAGAGUCUUCCAAUUGGAUCACGCAUACAGCAUACUAUUUCUAAAACAGAAAAGUUUCCACUUUGUAGCAGGCUCUGCCCUUUCCCACCCUGCUGCAGUUCCUCUUACAAGGGAGGACUUAGUUAUUUGGCACCGAGUCACCGAGUGCAAUUUGCUGUCGAUUUAGAAGGACCAUCCAUAUAUAAGUAUGUAAAGUAGAAUAUAAAAGCAGCAGAAAUCAGUUGUGGUUUUUUUAAGGGAUGUGUGAUUUGAACAAGUACUAAUUGUUAGGAUCACAAAUGAUGUGCUCUUGAUUCCACCUUCUGCCCCCCCCCCAACAGGUCCUGGUCACUUUGAAUAAUUUGGAUGCAUGUAGAACAGAAACAGGUGACCUGCCCACAUCAUCUACCUUUCAUGGGUACCUUCGGCUGUCUUUCAGGCAUCCUAACUUUCAGACCUUCUUUUGCAUGGAAAUGUAGAUUGUGGGGCUAGAGUAAUUAGAUAGGAGACUAGCAUGACCACUUCCUGUCCUGUUCUUCUCCUUGGUUUUCUAAAGCUUUGUCUAGGUGGGUCAGGCUUCAGCAAACAGAAAGUGUUCCACCAUCAUCUUUCCCAAGUGUAAGGAGGCUACAGCAGAAGUCAGCAUCCUAUGUUCAAGAGGGCUGUGGAGUGAUGAGCCACAAAAAAACAACAACAAUUUUUGGGGGGCCCCCAGCCCAGAGUGUCCAUCUUUACCCAUGUAGCUCUUGCCAGCUUUAUAGAAGUGAUAUUGUUGAAUAUUUAAUUUUGGUUUCCAUUCCUGUCACUUGUCAGAGAAAUAAAGCUUUAUGACUUUC